AUAUAGCGAAUCGUAAAGUGUAAGCGAGCGGUUGCAGACAGCUCAAGUAGCGGAAAAACUAAAGUGAGCUACGGCUUUAAAUACAGUGUAAAAAUCAAAAUUAUAUAUAUAUAUAAGAAAUGUGAUUAUUUAGUAGAACAAUACAUUCUUAAAAAUAACGCUUAAUCAGACAAAAUUUUGAACUCGAAUAUUUUUGUGGAAAAAGUUCAAUAAAUAAAUCAAAAACGGUUUACGGGAAUCAAAAUAAAAUCUUGUUGUGAUCUAGUCUUCAAAACCACCUCCAGUUUGGUGAAUCCCUCAGCAAUAUGAAGCGUUUACUGCUCCAUUCCUUCCUACUGGUCAUGUUGCACUUCACUGCGGCCUCCACAACAACCCAGCGUCCCGACAUACUAGUGCCACAUGCCGACAUCAAGAGCCGCAAAUUCCAAACUCAUUUCAUUGAUGAGCUCAACGCUUUGGUGGACACGGCCGCCGGCGAUCAUCUCAAUCGCCUACUACAGGAGCUACGCGCCAACAAAGACUAUGUCGCCUAUGCGUCGCGCAUCGAGUCGGCCGCCAGCGCCACACAACUCAUGCCGAAAAUCGUUUACCUCAAGCAGCUGUUGGACCUCAAGUUGAACGAGCCGCCACACGGCGUCGAGAGCUAUUACACGCUGCGCAAUCUAAACUUCCUCGGCAAAUUGAAGCGCGAAUUGUUGCAGCUGCAGGAAGAGAGCGCCACCGAGUUGCGUCAUCUACGUUGGUAUAAUUUAUGUGGACAAUUUUGGUACCGCGACCCGCUGUCGAAUCAAACACUGGCGGUGGCACACAAAGCCACAACGCGUCCACCCGCGGCGCCCCACUGGGCGAGUGUGAAGUUGGCGCCCUUGCGUGCCGAAACUGUAGCUUCGGCAGCAACACCCUUGGCGCACAUCGAUCUCGAACGUUUCGCACGGCUGCUGUAUGCCAAUGUGAAGGCGGCCGGCGCGGAGUUAAUCGAUGAUUAUUUGUUCACCGUACGCAAGCUGUUGCAGGAGGUCAUUGAAGAGAAGCACAUUUCGGCCAUGUCAUCGGCGGAGGUUGGAGAAGCGCAAGGCGAAGUGCCGUCCACCGCUGCGUCGCAUACACUGCACGCCAGCAAAGUGAACAAAGUGUUGAGCGAAAUCGACGCCAUACUCGCCAUUGAUGACUUCUAUGCGAAACGCAAUCGUUUGUACCGUUACCUCGAAAAUGACCUCACCACCGAUUAUGAGCAAUUCAAGAAUUCACAAUAUGCCAACGACGAUUUGGCGGAAAUGCUGGCGAAAUUACAGCGCAAGGGCGUCGAUCUCUUUGUCACAUUCAUAUUCAGUAAUUUCGAAUUUCUCGAACAUUUACACGAGACAUGGCGCAAGCUGCUGCCGUGGCCAACCAGUACGCAGGAGACGCCGCUGCAGUACGAUGCAGCGUCACAGCGUCUCUUCGACGUGCAUCGCUUGUAUGUGGAGUUUAAGGGCGAUUGGGAGAACAGCGCGACCUACGACGCCUAUCAGGCUGUGGUGAAUGCGCUAUACACGGACACGCGUAAUGGCAGUGCGAACAUGCUCGUCUUCGAGUUGCUCAACAAUGCAUCGGCGAAUGUGGGCAGUGUAACGCUGAAUAUGAUUAAGGCAAAGUGCGAUGAGCUUUGAGCAGGUAGCGGAUAGCGAGUGGUAGGGGACAGUGUAAUAUAUAACAAUAGGGAUAAGGUGAACUAACUGUAAAUAAUUGUAUAAAAUAUACAUUUUUGUAUUUUUUUAUGAAUAUUUUUAGAA